AAUAAAACUGUACUAAUAGAAAAACGAAAUUAUUAUCGUAUACUCGUGUCGAAGAGUAUCCUUUGUUUCCGGCUUCUCUACCGGAGAUUCGUCGGCACUGCCGUGCUGGCUAAUUCAAACGUACGAAAAGAAAAAUUGCGACGCUAAAAUAUUUCGUACCGGCGCUUUGAUUAGCAAGCAAACCGACAAGCAAAGCACAGAUAAACGCUUCUGAUAAGUGUUCUCGAUUCGAUAAAAUUGUUCUUUGGUCUGGUAAAAGACUUUGAACCACGCUGGGUGGGACAUUAGAGAAAUUGGCUUUCUUUCUUAACAAGUUCUGGUUUAAGGUGUGUGAAAAUGCCGGAUACUAAGGCAAUUGCACAGCUGACAAUCACAACGUGAGCGGUUGUUCGUUUCGCGGAUCAUCCGGGGGAUAAUGAUUACAGAACAGACCUGGAGCAUGAUGCUGGACAGUGAUGUCGCGGGCAUCAAUGAUAUUUCCCCGAGGAAACAAUUAUGGAUCAAGGCUGUGAAGAAAUUAACUUCCGAGAGGCUGGGGCGGGAAGGAUUGGCGGCAUGGGAGGACCGGAAAUCCAACAACGAUCCGGAAGUUCCAGACAUCAAUGAAACAACCGAUCCAGCCGACGAUGCAGACAUUCCUACCGACCCGGACGUGGUUCUUGCCGAACAGCCUGUCGAUGCUGAAUCACAAGCGCAACGAGAUGUUUUCAAGAAAGGCGUACUCUAUAAGGGUAUAUUUUGUCCGUCGCUUUCGAAUAGCUUCCACAGCAAGCAGCUCGAAACGUCGUAUCUUCAUUACUCGAAUCGUCAACGACAGAAAUCAUUGAUCAUGCUGAAUAUCGUUGACCUUAGUUUAAAGAUUAUUCUUAUGGCAAUAUGGCUGUGGAAAAGGGAUGAAAACAGCGGAGGUCUGAUCGAGUCCCUGUCUUGGGUAUCCUGCUGUAUGGUGGCAAACCUAGUGGUGUGUGUUCUUGGCUGGUGGCGAUGUUUCUCCAAUAAUUACUUAUACUGGGCUUCCAUAUUCACUUGGUUACUGAUCAAUUCGCAAGGUUUUAUAGGAGCCGGUCUAGAUUUCUCUAGUCAACAACGUCUUAUGUGGUACAUUUUGUUUGUCGUGUAUGCGCCGUAUGCCAUGCUGCCGUUGCCUUUGAGAUGGUGUGUCCUUGCCGGUUAUGGGACAGCUUUAACUCACAUGGUGAUGGCUGGAAUAACUUUAUUACGAGAUUCCACAUAUCUGCAUGAUGUCACGUGCAUAGUUCGAAUGCUAACAACCAACGUCCUUCUUUAUCUUGCAAUGAAUCUAGCUGGCAUGUACACUAAAUAUUUGACAGACAGAGGACAGAGACAGGCUUUUCUGGAGACUCACAGGUCCAUGGAAACUCGGCAGCGUACUCAAAAUGAGAAUAACCGACAAGAGAAGUUGCUGCUUUCCGUUUUACCAGAUUUUGUGGCUAAAGAAAUGAUCCGCGAUAUCGCUCGUGAAACUGCUCGAGGUGGGACCAUCUCCUUUACACCUAAUCAAUUUCACAGAAUAUACAUCCAUCGCUAUGAAAAUGUCAGCAUACUUUUUGCUGACAUCAAAGGUUUCACUGCUUUAGCCAGUCAGUGUAGCGCCCAAGAGCUCGUCAAAGUCUUAAAUGACUUGUUCGCUCGUUUCGACAAACUCUCCGCGGAAAAUCAUUGUUUGCGUAUAAAAUUACUCGGAGACUGUUAUUAUUGCGUAUCUGGAUUACCGACUGCCAGAAGCGAUCAUGCCCAUUGUUGCGUUGAAAUGGGCUUGCACAUGAUUAAAGCAAUAAGGGAUGUACGAUACACGACAAAGGUUGAUCUGAACAUGAGAAUAGGAAUUCAUAGUGGCUCGGUAUUGUGUGGAGUACUCGGACUUCGAAAAUGGCAAUUCGACGUCUGGUCUUAUGAUGUAACCCUGGCUAAUCAUCUCGAAAGUGGAGGCAUACCAGGGAGGGUACAUAUUUCGGAGGACACUUUGAAUUGUUUGAAUGACGUAUAUGAGGUAGAGCCAGGAAACGGAACUGAAAGGGACAAUUACUUAAAGGAGAGGAACGUGGUGACGUAUCUGAUAAAGCAAGUUGAACCUUUAAGGUCCAGACGCCGGUAUUCUUCACGACCUAAGAUAUGGUCCGAGGACGAUACGAAUAAAAGUAAAAAGAGCUUCAAAUUAAACAAUCCGUUGGCUGCAAAUAGCAGUGCUCCAAAUUCUUCUACGGAUGAUGAUAUUGGCGUAGACUGGACACCAGAAAUACCUUUCGAAAAUUUAAACACUGCAACGUCGGUCAGCAAUUUGGAGUCGGAAUACCUUGAAGAAGAGAAUGGUUCCGCGAAGGGUAAUAAAGCUGCAUCUCCGACAUCUGCUGAGAAGUUGAAGGCCGCAGGUCUUGAAACUGCAAGUAACAAGCGCAUGAGGUUGGCGAACAUAAAUGCUUGGACUUUGCGUUACAAUGACGAAAGCCUAGAAUCAAAGUUUGGUCAAUUGCGCGAGGACAUGUUUAAAUCCAACAUGAUUUGCUGCUUUGUCGUAUGGAUAUUCAUUGCAAUUUGUCAAGCAGUGAUAUUUCCAGAUUGUAUAAUUCUUCUGAUUUCGUUGUUGUCCACAACGCUCAUUUUGGUAGCAUCAUCCAUUUUGGUGAUGGCGGAGGAGUUCAAAACUUUGCCAACAUAUUUGCAACAUGCUUCGUCAAUGUUGGUUCACAACAAACAGCAUCGAACAAUCUUCAUAUGCAGCGUGAUUAGUCUGAUGGCAUUGACAUCGAUCGUCGGUGUUUUAGCGUGUCCAAUGUCGAUUCGACGAUAUCCUGAAGCUUUGGAACUUCAGCAGCAGCCAUUAAUGAAUCCAACAUUGCAGCCAGAGCGACUAGUAGCACCGACAGUUGGUCUUGAUCAGUUUAUUUUGACAUUCCUCGAAGCUGCCCUUCGCGAUGAGGCUUCAGAAGAGCAGAGAGAUGUUUCUGCUAAAGAAAAUCGAACUGCGUCGCAUAGUUCCAAUAAUAUAGAUGUGGAAUUGACAAGGAUCAUCCAUGACAGGGCUAAUCUGGCGAACGGUCGAAGAAGAAAAGAGUUCUUCAGGUUUUACAGAUAUGAACAACGUCACAAACUCGUAUUUGGAAGACAUUACAGAAGAUUUGCUCGUAACCGUAGGGAUGAAGACAUCGUCUCAAGGAAAAUAUUGUCGACACCUGCAACGGAACUUCGAGCGGAACCACUAUAUUCUUUGGAUUAUGACGAGGACCUCAUUUCGGAGACUACCUGUGUACGACCAGAAUACAUUGUGUUCACGUGGAUAUUAUGCCUGAUUGCGUUAGCCUCUGCAUUGAAAUUGUAUUAUUUAGUGAAAACGGCUCUGGCUACGAUCAUCGUGUCCGUUUACGCCGUAUUGAUUCUUGUAGUCUGCAAGGACUUUUUUUCGAUUCCCGACGAAGAGAAAGAUUCAACGUCGAUACCUCUUUCUGCACAAAUGCUCACAUUUCUGUUAGUAUUUUUGGUCAUGGUUACAUACCAUGGUAGAUUAGUAGAAGUAACAUCCAGAUUAGAUUUCCUUUGGAAACAGCAGGCUGAAAGGGAACUAAGUGACAUGAUUGAAUCACGACAUAAUAACAUGCAGCUAUUGAAGAACAUUUUACCGGAUCAUGUAGCUCACCAUUUUUUAACACAGGAAAGAGCACCGGAGGAGUUAUAUUCUCAAUCACGUGAUAAAGUGGGAGUGAUGUUUGCUAGUGUGCCAAAUUUCACAGAAUUCUAUUCAGAAGACGUGAACAAAGGAAUGGAAUGUAUACGCUUAUUGAAUGAAAUCAUUGCUGAUUUCGAUGAACUUUUGGAUGAGAAUCGGUUUCACUGUAUUGAAAAGAUAAAAACAGUCGGGGCAACUUAUAUGGCAGCUUCUGGUCUCAAUCCUUGUCAAAAUGACAAGAACAAAGAUGAUAUGGAGCAUUUGUGUAGAUUAGUGGAUUAUGCAGUAGCCAUGCGACUUCGUCUUGAAGAUGUGAAUAUACAUUCAUUCAAUAAUUUUGACUUAAGAGUAGGUAUUAGCUGUGGUCCAUUGGUAGGCGGUGUAAUUGGUGCUCGAAAGCCUGUAUUCGAUAUUUGGGGUAAUACGGUAAACUUAGCUUCCCGUAUGGACUCUACAGGCGUUAUGGGGAAAAUACAAGUUCCACAAGAUAUUGCUAGGUUUUUGGAAGCAAGAGGAUAUCAAACUCAAAAAAGAGGGCUUAUUGAAGUUAAAGGGAAAGGGGCGAUGGAGACAUAUUUCGUAUUAGGGAAGGGGACUUUGCAACAAGAAGGCACGACUAAACACACAACAAGAUGCCGCAGUCUUGCUGCAGUUGUUUAUGGUGUUGUUCAAGCACGUCGUAAGCAAAUGAGAGCACUUAGAAGGACAUAA